GGGUCUGACUGCUGUGGGGAUGAGUGCGUGGGCCCCACGCGGCCUCCUUCCUGGAGGGAGCAGUGUCGCCCCCAGCAGGGCCCUCGACUCAUAGCGGGACCUUGGCUGCAGCCCACCGGGCAGGGCUGCUCACCGCAUGUCCCUGUCGCUCACACAGCAUCCGCAGUGUCAUGCAGAAGUACCUGGAGGACCGAGGCGAGGUGACCUUCGAGAAGAUCUUCUCCCAGAAGCUGGGGUACCUGCUCUUCCGAGACUUCUGCCUGAACCACCUGGAGGAGGCUAAGCCCUUGGUGGAGUUCUACGAGGAGAUCAAGAAGUACGAGAAGCUGGAGACAGAGGACGAGCGCGCCGCGCGCAGCCGGGAGAUCUUCGACUCGUACAUCAUGAAGGAGCUGCUGGCUUGCUCACACCCCUUCUCAAAGAGUGCCACCGAGCACGUCCAAGGCCACCUAGUGAAGAAGCAGGUGCCCCCGGAUCUCUUCCAGCCAUACAUCGAAGAGAUUUGUCAGAACCUCCGAGGGGAUGUGUUCCACAAAUUCAUCGAGAGCGAUAAGUUCACACGAUUUUGCCAGUGGAAGAACGUGGAGCUCAACAUCCACCUGACCAUGAACGACUUCAGCGUGCACCGCAUCAUCGGGCGCGGGGGCUUUGGUGAGGUCUACGGGUGCCGGAAAGCCGACACGGGCAAGAUGUAUGCCAUGAAGUGUCUGGACAAGAAGCGCAUCAAGAUGAAGCAGGGCGAGACCCUGGCCCUGAACGAGCGCAUCAUGCUGUCCCUCGUCAGCACCGGGGACUGUCCCUUCAUCGUUUGCAUGUCGUACGCUUUCCACACGCCGGACAAGCUGAGCUUCAUCCUGGACCUCAUGAACGGCGGGGACCUGCACUACCACCUGUCCCAGCACGGGGUCUUCUCUGAGGCCGACAUGCGCUUCUACGCGGCGGAGAUCAUCCUGGGCCUGGAACACAUGCACAGCCGCUUCGUCGUGUACCGGGACUUGAAGCCAGCCAACAUCCUGCUGGACGAGCACGGCCACGUGCGGAUCUCAGACCUGGGCCUGGCCUGUGACUUCUCCAAGAAGAAGCCCCAUGCCAGCGUGGGCACCCACGGGUACAUGGCCCCUGAGGUCCUGCAGAAAGGCGUGGCCUACGACAGCAGCGCCGACUGGUUCUCCCUGGGCUGCAUGCUCUUCAAGUUGCUGCGGGGGCACAGCCCCUUCCGGCAGCACAAGACCAAAGACAAGCACGAGAUCGACCGAAUGACCUUGACGAUGGCCGUGGAGCUGCCCGACUCCUUCUCCCCUGAACUCCGCUCCCUGCUGGAGGGGCUGCUGCAGAGGGACGUCAACCGGAGACUGGGCUGCCUGGGCCGCGGGGCUCAGGAGGUGAAGGAGAGCCCCUUCUUCCGCUCCCUGGACUGGCAAAUGGUCUUCUUGCAGAAGUACCCUCCCCCGCUGAUCCCCCCACGAGGGGAGGUGAACGCAGCCGACGCCUUCGACAUUGGCUCCUUCGAUGAGGAGGACACAAAAGGAAUCAAGUUACUGGACAGUGACCAGGAGCUCUACCGCAACUUCCCCCUCACCAUCUCGGAGCGGUGGCAGCAGGAGGUGGCAGAGACUGUCUUUGACACCAUCAACGCUGAGACAGACCGGCUGGAGGCCCGCAAGAAAGCCAAGAACAAGCAGCUGGGCCACGAGGAAGACUACGCGCUGGGGAAGGACUGUAUCAUGCACGGCUACAUGUCUAAGAUGGGCAACCCCUUCCUGACCCAGUGGCAGCGGCGGUACUUCUACCUGUUCCCCAACCGGCUCGAGUGGCGGGGCGAGGGCGAGGCCCCGGUAAGAACUGGGGCUGCGGUCGGGGAGCCGGGCGCCCCAUGGCCGGCCUGGCCCUUACCACGGCCCGUUCCCUCCGGCCCUGCAGCAGAGCCUGCUGACCAUGGAGGAGAUCCAGUCCGUGGAGGAGACGCAAAUCAAGGAGCGCAAGUGCCUCCUUCUCAAGAUCCGAGGCGGCAAGCAGUUCGUCCUGCAGUGCGACAGCGACCCCGAGCUGGUGCAGUGGAAGAAGGAGCUGCGCGACGCCUACCGCGAGGCCCAGCAGCUGGUGCAGCGGGUGCCCAAGAUGAAGAACAAGCCGCGAUCGCCCGUCGUGGAGCUGAGCAAGGUGCCGCUGGUCCAGCGCGGCAGCGCCAACGGCCUCUGACGCCCGCCCGCCUUUUAUAAACCUUUAAUUUAUUUUGUCGAAUUUUUAUUAUUUGUUUUCCCGCAAAGCGGAAAAGGUUUUAUUUUGUAAUUAUUGUGAUUUCCUGUGGCCCCAGCCUGGCCCAGCCCCCAGGGAGGGGCCUGCUUGCCUUGGCUCCUGCUGCCACCAACCCAGCCACUGUCCAGCGCCCUCUGUCCCGACCCAGGGCUGCCUGCUCCCAGUAUCUUCCCAUGGGGGGAGCAGCAGCCCCCAGCAGCCCUCCCGCCCUCCCCUGGGGGACAGUGCCACACCAGGUUGUGCCACCUCAGGCUCUGAGCUGUGCUCUGUGCCCACGGGCACUGCGGGGGCCUAGUGUCCCCCACCCCAGGGGAGGGCACAGCACAGGGAUACUACUUGAAUUUGCCCACCGAAGCCCCUCUUGCAACAGAGGGACAGAGCCCUGCACUGUCCUGCCCUCUGGCCACUGGCGAGAGGAGAGGGCCUGUUGUCCCCCGGGCCCCCGGCCUCCCACAGUGACUUGGGCUCCUGUACCGUUGUUCGGGAGAAGCCCCUGUGUCACUGGCUGUCUCCAUUCCCACCUUCCCUGGACACUGUGGGGCUCGGCCUGGAGGGCGGCAUUGGCAGUGGGUGCUGCUGCCCUCCCUAAGCCCCCCUCACCCCCCGCCCCAAGCGCCCGGGCUCAGGGACCACAGAAAGGCAGCUGUGGAUUGGGCCACACUGGCCUAGCCUGGCCCCAGGGUCCCCUGUUGCUGGGCCGGGUGAGACCUCAUCUGCCCAGGACCACAGGGCGCCGGCGGCGGGUGGGCAGCACAACGCGAGGGGGCCAGCCCUCCCCGCCCCAGGCCCGUCAGUGUGCCCCCAGGCUGUCUUGUCCCACAGACCAUGUCCUGUCAGUGCCACCACCCCAGGGCGCCACUCGCCCGCCGCAUGCCCCCUCGUGCCAGUCGCGCUGCCGUGUGUGGUGUCGCGCCCCCCCUUCCCCGGGGCUGGGUCAGUACACCCUCCCCUUCCGUCUACUCACUCCUUGGGGCGUUUCUUUGCCGAUUUUUGAAUGUGAUUUUAAAGAGUGAAAAAUGAGACUAUGCGUUUUUAUAAAAAAUGGUGCCUGA